AUUAAGCUGCACAAACUCAUUAGUCACAAUAAUGGUUGUCAUUAAUCACCGAAACAUACCUUGAGUGCCUAGAUGCUUACAAACAGCAUCACUCUAUCAAGUAUGGACGAAAUGCAUUCCCUUUUUCUUUCCUUACCAACUACUCCAUUUAAAACGUUUGGCAAUAUCGAAGACCUGCAGUGAACAUCGAAGAACAUCCAGUUGGCAUCUCCGUAAGUUUGAGCUAUGGUGCAUUGACAGCUAUCUAAGACCUUCUCUUGCUACUGAUGCUUACGGACUAUGGUGCAUUGAUCAGGAUGCUACAGGGGCUAAGAUCAUUGAUAGGCUUCGUGAUACAGGGGGUCGAAACUUGCCCAGAAAUCCAUUUGUUUUUGUUAUAUGCAUUUCCGUAAGUUUAUCAAAAACCUCAGAGAUGGUUGAAACUUCACAUCCUUGCCCAAGAGUGUCACCCGAUCUCAUAUGGAAGAGGCAAGUAAUUGGAUCAAGCCGUUGGCGUCGUGCGAUAGUGGUUUCUGGUUUGGUUAGCCACGCUUGAUCCGUUGGGCGCCCAGGCCAAGAGACCGUCUCCUCAUUCACGUGGCGACAAUGGCGUGCCGACGAGUGACACUCGCCGCCGCCGUCCUCCUGUGCGCGGCUGCGGGGCCUGCGCUGGGGGCGAAGCGGACGCGCAUCCCGGACGACCUGCGCGACGUGGUCGACGACGAGGAGGACGACGGCUGGCGCCAUUGGGGCGCGCCCUCCUCGCGGGGCCCGAGCGGGCCGCCGCCGGACCUGUCAAGGAUGGAUCCGGCCGCUCUCCAGGACGAGCUCCUCCGCGGCCAAACCGGGCCGUCGUUCGGCUUCGUGAAGCUCCGCCCCGGCGCCCCCCGCUCACGGGAGGAUGUGGCAGGGAUCGCGACGAGGUGGAGCAAUGUGGUGCGGACGGGAUCGGUGGAGGCCAAAUUCGUGGCGGUUGAUUUUGGAACGCUCAUGUUCACCAUGGAGAGAGGGAGAGACAUUCUGGAGCUGAAAGAAUUUAUCUUGAACCAAGCUGAGGCCUACGAGUUCAAAAUUGGUGACAAAAUAUUCCGCAGACCUGGAGACCCACCCCUGGACAAAGUUCUUGAGAAGCUACAGAAGAAGAAGAAGAGGGAUAAGUCGUCGAAAGAUGAACUGUAGAUUUAUUUGCUAGCUUGGCCUGCAUGUCCUGUUCGCUCGUUCCCUUCCGAGAGUGUAAUCUUUUCUUGUGUAGCAGUUUUACCUUUUGCAAUCUGACAAGACCACAAGUAGCCGUCCUCUUUGCUCUGCAUAUUACUGAUGGGUGAUGGAGCAUUGUAACUGUGGUACCCCCACCCCCCACCCAAUUCUGAAUGCAAGAAUGCAACCGUCUCUGGUCAGAGCAUUUGGUCUU